AUGGCGGACCAGGACGGCAAGCUGACGAUCAAGGAGUUCACGAACGGCAUUCGGCGCAUGAAGGGCUCCGCGAGCGCCAAGGACAUCAUUGACGUGUGCAAGCAGCUGUCGAGCUCCCAGGAGAGGUGCUACCACACUCACCAGCAAGUUUACGCCUUCGCGUCGGAACUGCGCGUGCUCGAGCAGGAUAUCGACACGAUCGCGCAGGAUACUAGCGAGGUGCUCGGUCUUUUCAACGAGAUGUUCCUCAGACUCCAGAGCCACAUCUUGAGGAACAGAAUUGCGAGGUCGCGGACAAGCGCGAGGCGGAUAAGCGCAGGCUGCAACGCUUGGCGGCAUCAGGUGAAAGCGCGGCCUGACAGUCUGACUUGCAACUUUCCUGCACGGUGA